GUAGUGGAGUGUAGGACUUGGCGUCGGGCAGGUGUUGGUGACUUGAUUCUAGUCUAACGUCGAUGCUGUAUUAGUUCCUGGAAGACCGUGUUGUGUCAUCAUGGUGCAUAUUUAGAUUAUUUUAAUCAGUGAUGUGACGAAUAUUUUUGUUCCGUUAAUAUUUGUUUUGCCAUCAGUUUCAUAUGCAUUGCUUUGUCACGUUAGCCAGUUGACAGACGCCUCAGCUUGCCAGUAGGCUACAUUCUAAUGCUGCCGGCUCAUGUGCACUGGCGUUGUUGCUCAAAAACAAGUUCCUUAGUGUCAGGAAGAAUGACUGCGCCCGGCAGAAGGAGCUAGUUAGCGUUCACGUUAUUUCCAAGGAUGAAAUAAUAAUGAACGUACCCAAGAAUAUCGCCAUCAACAGUACGCGCGAUAAGGAGAACACUCCAGCUUAUCAGGUGAAAUUAGAACGGGUACUUGGGCUGACAGUAUCCAGCAAUGCAGCGCUCGACUGCGACCCGGAGACAGAAGUAGUUGCCUACCCUGCAGGAUGUACGGUGGUGCUCUUGAACCCAAAGAAAAACCGUCAGAGCCAUCUCCUCAACAUUUCGCGGAAAACCAUCACGUGCCUCGCGUUCUCUGCAGAUGGACGUUAUUUGGUAACGGGAGAAUGUGGUCACUUGCCCUCAGUGAGGGUGUGGGAUCUCCAGGAAAGCGGAGGUACCCAGAUUGCGGAGUUUGCGGGCCACAAAUACGGGAUCAAUUGCGUUGCUUUCUCCCCAAACCACAAAUAUGUUGUGUCUGUUGGUUCACAACAUGACAUGAUAGUGAAUGUGUGGGACUGGCGUUCGAAUGUGAAGGUUGCUUCUAACAAAGUGUCUGCCAAGGUGAAAGCGGUAUCAUUUGCUGAAAAUGGGAACUAUUUUGUCACAGUUGGUAAUAGACAUGUCAAGUUUUGGUACCUGGAAUAUUCACGGUCUGCUAAGUACAAAGAACCUGUGCCACUAAUGGGUCGUUCGGCUAUCUUGGGUGAACAGCGAAACAAUUAUUUCUGUGAUGUUGCCUGUGGUAGGGGUGAUAUGGGUGACUCAACAUAUGCCAUCACGAAGUCAGGAUUGUUGUGUGAAUUUAACAAUAGAAGACUGUUGGAUAAAUGGGUUGAGUUGAGGACAACAAGUGCUAAUUGUAUGGCUGUCGGAGAGAACUUCAUCUUCAUUGGCUGUGCUGAGGGAAUUGUUAGAUGUUUUAGUCCUGCAACCCUCCAGUUUGUUACCACAUUGCCCAGGACACACUACCUCGGUGUGGAUGUGGCUCAAGGACUCUCCAUUAGUCACAUGGCUACACAUCCAAAUAAUGCCAAAUACCCUGAUGCUGUGGCUCUGGCAUUUGAUCAACAUAAUCUGAAGCUGUCAUGUAUAUAUAAUGAUCACAGCUUGUAUGUGUGGGAUGUUCGAGAUAUCAAACGUGUCGGCAAAUCUCACUCAUUCCUGUUUCACUCUGCGUGUAUAUGGGGUGUUGAGAUGUUUCCUCCUUUAGAGCAUGAAGGUAGUGGCAUGUCACCAGCAAUGCCUCCAGGUUCGUUUAUCACCUGCUCAAGCGAUGAUACAAUUAGGGUGUGGAACCUGGAACCUAAUCUGCCACCAGACAAUGACACAAUGUAUAAAAGAAACAUCUACAGUAAUGAACUGCUGAAGGUGCUGUAUGUUGAUCCUGAGCUCACUUACCUUAAAGACUUAGAGUUGUCAGGUGCAAGUACUACAGAGAAGAGUGACAGUUCAUAUGAUGGUCGCAAUGGUGUGAGAUCUAUACGCAUCAGCCCAGAUGGCAAACAUCUUGCAUCAGGGGACAGAGCUGGUAACAUUAGAAUUCAUGAGUUACAUAACCUCCAAGAGCUGUGUCGGAUAGAAGCCCACGAUGCAGAAGUACUCUGCCUUGAGUACAGUCGGCAUGAUAGUGGACAUCGUCUACUUGCUUCUGCUUCUAGGGAUCGUCUCAUACAUGUCUUUAGUGUAGAUGAGGAAUAUAACUUUGUUCAAACACUUGAUGAUCAUUCGUCUUCUAUAACAGCUGUCCGUUUUCUGAAUACCCAUGACCACCUGCAAAUGGUGUCAUGUGGAGCUGAUAAGUCCAUCAUAUUUAGACAAUUACAAGGGACUCCUGGUGGAACACAGUGCCAAUUUUCAAGAGGCCACAACAUUGCUGGUAAGACAACAUUGUAUGACAUGGAAGUGGAUUCAGGACAGAAACACAUCUUGACUGCUUGUCAGGAUCGCAAUAUCCGUGUCUACAAUGUUAGUAGUGGGAAACACAGCAAAACAUACAAGGGUUCAGUAGGUGAAGAUGGCUCCCUUAUUAAGGUUGUGUUGGAUGGCAGUGGAAUCUAUUCAGCCACAAGUUGUACAGACAAGACUCUGUGUGUGUAUGACUAUUAUUCAGGUGAAUGUAUGGCAACAAUGUUUGGUCAUUCUGAACUGGUAACUGGUCUUCGGUUCACUAAUGACUGUCGACGACUGGUGUCUGCAUCUGGUGAUGGCUGUAUUUUUGUGUGGAAGGUCCCACAUGAUAUGGUGGUCACUAUGCAUGCUCGCCUAGCACAGCAAGCAGCUCGUGCUGGAAGGCGAAUAGCGGCCCAGAUACCAAAUGGACUGCAUCUUGAUAAUGAGCACUUUGGCCCACCGCCGCCAGAUUUCCUGGAUCCUAAUGCGAAUAGUGUGGAGCAGCCAGAUUACAGGUUUAGUGUAGGUCAGUUACCAUUGUGGGCCAAGAAGCAGAUGGCAGACAACAGCUCUCCUCCAGCAAGUCUCACAAACCGUCAGAUGGACCUGCCAAAAGGGCGGUGGGCUCAGCGGCUGGAUGCAGGUGGUAUCACUGUGAAGUCAGUAUAUGACAGUGAUAGCAUCAUUCAGAUUCCAUUAGGACAGGAAAAGAGGCUGGACUCAGAUGGCUCAAAAGACAGUUCCAUUGACAGUGGUACAGAAGUGCGUCAUUAUACAGACUUCCGCCGUGAAACCAUGAUUAUAUCAAAACAGGGUGGAAGAGAGAAUUCUGACUUUGUACCUUGUCCUGAGAGUUACCAGGAACUAACUAAUGGCCAGCCUAUUAAACAGGUGUCAAGCAGCAAAGUAACGUUAACAAGGGGAAGUGACAUCACAGAUCUUACACGAAAUCGCCACCUUACAGAUGAUAGUAGCAUUGGCAGUUAUAAGUUUGAGGACAUGGAAAGUACAGAGCAUGACGGUGAUGUGGAAGACUACUCUGAAGGGGAAGGAGAAUCAACCGAACCAGAACAUGGGGAUCCUGUUAUGUAUUAUCCACCUGCUGAGGAGACAGGAAGUGAUUACACUGUAAAUGCCAUGGAUGUGGAGGAACUGCGACGUUCCCAGAGGUGGAUGAAGAAAAAUCAGCGACCUGAGCGACUCACUGAUCUGCCACUUGUCUCAGUAUCAGCUUCUGUGUCUGGUAGCCAGGACAGUGAUGAGGAUGAUGAUGAGGUGUCUACCCCAAGUGCAGAAACAGCUGAACGGAACCUCCUGUCCAUGCUUUCUGUCAGCAGCACAGAAAGUCUGGAUCAUGUUGGACAGAGAGAAAAAUACCUUAAGAAUACCUUUGAAUCUCUAAGUGGAGCAGAACAAGAAGCUACCAAAGAUGCAGCUGGAACCAGCAUAUCAUCUCAGUUUCUAGUGCGGGCAAACCAAGGUGGACCAUUAUCCUCUUCAACACUUCGUAAUGUUGCAGUGAUUAAUGCUGCUAAACAAACUCGUGUUGACAGUCAGACAUCUAAGAAGCGUGAAGAAUUGCAACGCAGAAUAGAAGAAACUCGUAGAAAAUUACAGAGUGUUGGUUAUCGAUCAAACCUCAAGAGCAGCCAGAGCAUUACCGACUUGAGCCACAUACCUGAGAAAAAUGGAAGGCGUGGGGCCAACCAUGCACAUCGUUACACUCCUGCUGGAGACAGUGGCAAUGGAACUCAGUCAAGUGAAUCAGGUGGUCUGCGUCGAGCUUGUUCAUUGAGUGACCUGACGAAUACAGCACCACAGAAGCUCUUGCAUGCUGCCCCAAUUCAAGUUUCAGGCAAGGUGACCAGUAAGGGUGGUGCUGCUGGCAGCCGCACCCUGCCUCGACAUGGGUUGAAAGCUGGAACUUUAAGCCUGAGUAACAACUUCAACAUGACAAGAAGCACUUCAAUGGGCAUGUUAAACCAGAGUGACUCGGAAAGUGAUCUGAGUUUGGCACAGCGAUCAAAUGCCACAGCUGCAUCAAGAGUGAAUGGCUUGAUGCGGCCCACUAUCAGUUCACAGAACAAGGUGACAAGUUUAGGUGGCAGCAAGAGUAUUACCAGCAACCAGAAUGCCAGGCGGAGAGGUCUUACUGCUGCUUACUCUUCUGUAAACCUGAGUCAAGUUGGCAAUAACAAUGAAGAUUCAAGUUCAGAAGAGACAUCACCUGUAGGUGGAAAGCCUGCCAUCAGGCCUCGGAGCACCAGCAUUGAUCGAUCACAUAUAGGUGCUCCUUCCAGUUUGCCAUCCAAUGGUAUUCAGCCACAACCUCAACCCCGUCGUCCAGGUGGAUCAUCACUUCAUGGCCGUUAUGGCAGUGACCGAGAUCUUAGUCGCCCAGCUCCACAGCGACUAGUCGCAGCUGGCCGUCAAGGUGGAAGUAAACCAGUUCCAGCAUCGAGGCAGAACCAACUGGAACGGAGCCCUCAAGAGCUUCCUGUGAAGGACACUGAUCAGCCUUCUGCUGUCUAUGAUGUAGUCAGUGCACCACUUUCACAGCAGCUGUGCAGCUCAGUUGCAGAUCAAUUGACACGAACUGCAGACAGUGUGGUACAGCUAUACAAACGCCUGGCACUAGAGGGCGACCAGACAGACCACAGAGAAAUGUUGCGUGGGUUGGAAGAGGCUGUCAACGAGGCUCAGAGAACACUCCGAAAUGUCGCAGCGGGCGGAACUGGUGCUACUGCAGCAGAGUCUCUUUCUGUAGCAUCCAAAUUGCAGGACAUUGUUGCUAGCGGUGGUCAAGGAGAUCAGGCAAAUGUGGUGGCCAUGAUGCAGCAGUAUUCAGACAUGUUGCUCACAAUAGUACAGCAGCGAAUAGGAAACUCCACUGCAUCAAGCCUGCAGAAGCCAAGCUAAAAUAAGCUACAUGAAGGAUACUGUUUCUUUGAAUACUGUAUAGUCUUUGGUGUAUAAUAUAAUGCAGCAGUUUCCACUUUAUUAAUAAUGGUACAAUAACAUAUAAUGUAGAAUAAUAUACCACCAUGCCAACAUCACAGCUGAAGUCGGUAGAUACAUAUGUAUAUCUCGUUUAAAAUAAGUGUUCAUAACAGUAUGGUGAUUACACAUUACACAGUAAACAGUGGUUCAGCAUAGUAAAGGGACUCAUGAAAUUCAUUGUUCUCUUUUCAUGUGAUAGUAGAAGGUAAUGAAUUACAGUGUUUUACUAGUAACUGUGAUCUUGCUACUUGUGAUUUUAAACAUUUGCAACUGCAGGACAGAAAUCAUUUAAACUUUAUGUUGUGAAUAUUCAAGCAUGCAGUCAGAACCCAUAAGAGAAGGGAAUAAGAUCUCUUAAAGUAGUUAAUGUAUAUAUAUAAAAUGAGGAAGGAUAGACAAAGGAACUUCAUGUUGUAAGGAGCUACAAGUGUAUGCAUCUGAUAGUGCAGAGAAGAGUGGAACUUGGAAUUGGAAACUAUGAAUUGCCUGUAGUUCCUUACACUGGUAAGUUUUCCGUUAGUUCCCCAGAUCAUCUUGCUUAAGGCGGUGAUGUGUUGAAUAUGGUUACUAAUGUGGAAUGUUUCAUAUUGAUUAAUUUCUUUUUCAUACUGUAUUUUA